AUGUAUUUGGUUGUGUUGAUAUUUGGAAUCUUGGUUGAUUUGUCAUGUGUAAGUGGGACUACAGGUGUGAUUGACAUUUCUGAUGUUGGCCAGCGGAGCCUUUUUUCAGGCCCUUCGAAGCUCGGGGAGGCUAUGUUUUACAAGUUAACUUGCAACUACAAUGGCAGUUACUCGAAUGUGUUUGAUGGGUCUGAACGUUUGUUCCCGAUACGGUCACACACUAGGCUCGUGGGUUUGGUUUUGGCUACCAAAAACGAGUCCCCUGAACUAUUGCAGGUGAUGUACUCCGACGUCGCCAAGGACUACAGCUACCGCAGUUUGUAUUAUUUUAAGGACGAAAACCACUGGAAACUAACCGACUCUGUAACCUACAAAUCGCACCUCCUCAAACUUAAAAAUAAUCAGACCAACUUCAAUAUUAAAGAUAAACACAACAAAUUUUUUUAUACCCAUAACACUGAAAAUAGUGUAAAUGGCACUAAUAAUACCAACAAUAUGGAUAAAUCUGUACAAAAUGGUACAACGAGGUAUUAUUUAAAGGAUGGGAUGGAAUUGGAUAAAGUGUGUAACGGUGAUGUGGUGAUUUGGGAGAAUGAUUUGAAGUAUGAUUUUAAAUAUUUGGAGUUAUCUGAAGGACUUUCCGGCCCCGAAUCACUCACAAUCCAUUAUUCCAACCAUCACAAUCAACAUUCUAACUACUUUUCAAACUAUACAACGAACGAUUUGUCAAACUAUUUGACAAAUUCGUUUCAACAUUAUAAAAAAAUCGCAGGACGUUGGGUCCAUGAUUUACUCACAACGAACAUUAAUUUCUCAAAUAAAAACCAAGAGAAUGACACAACAUCUGAAGAUAAAGUUGAGCGUCAGAAUAUUAGCGACUUGAUUGUGGGAGUUAAAAGGCUAUUUUUAAAAGAUGCCUUAAAUUUGGACGUCGAAAAUCCAAUGGCGGGUGUGGUUUUGAAUUUGAAAUCCGAUGAGAAGUUCGACUGCAAUUUGACUGUAAACGGAUACCAGUACUAUGGCCUUAGCACUUAUGAGCUUUUGCAACCUUCAGGCUGCAACCUAACUUCAAUUUUCGACCAGGGAGACGUAAUCUUCGAGCACGACAAUGAAUACACUAGUUCCUACUUCCAAGUGGCUAAAUUUAACUUCACAAAUCGGCAUCCUAACCUUCUAGUCUCCGUUACAGAGUCUAACACAUUAUCCAAUGCUCUCACCUCUGACUUCAAUAAUACAAUUAAAAACACAUUCCACAUCAAAUCAUAUCCUAGGCAAUCAGAUGAUCCUCCCGAUAAUACUAAUACUAAUAGUAAGGGUAAGAUUUGUUUCUAUAGUAAAAUUAAAUAUUACAAUAUUUAUAGUAUAUAUAAUAACAGUAUAUAUAAUUACAUGAAUAAUAGUAAUAUUGUGUAUAUAGGAGUUUGGGAAUGUGUUGAGUUUAAUUUGUAUAAUAGAUUAUUGAAUGAUUUGUUGCAGUUGGUAACAUCGUUGGAAAUGAAGAAGUUGUUUGACUCACCUCCGGUGACCGUCAAUGUGACUCCUUCAACUCCUUCACUUGAUUACGGAGGCUUGGAGCCAUUUACUUAUGACUUGAGUAACCCUGUCGAGCCUCGACUUGAGCAGGACUUCGUGUUGACUGAACCUGACCUGAUCAAGAUGAAACCGCAGCCAGGCUACGCAGUGAACGUGAUUGUGGACGGAGACAAUGUGCUUUGGGAACAAACUGUUGAUGGUCCAGGCUGUCAUCUCGUCUUCAUCUAUCGCUCUGAAAACUCUCUCCUCUCUCAUAUAGUCACAAACUCAAACCCAGAUCCCCACUUCUUCUUCAAGUUCAAUGGCCAAUCCUGGUACCCUAUUUCUCGGGAUCAAUACGAAGACUUUAAGCUCAAGGAUACCAAGGGCAAGGGUAAAAAACAACACUAUGACGAAUACUCUUCAACUCUCACUGACAACUCAAACACGACAACUUCCGAUAGUGAAAAAAUGUCCGAUGUCAGUGUUGAUGAAUUGUAA